AUGAGCUCCCAACCGAGAUCGAAGAGUCUUGAAGGCAAGGUCGCACUAGUCACCGGCUCCGGUCGUGGCAUUGGUGCUGCUAUUGUGACACGCUUCGCCGAGCAUGGUGCGAACGUAGUGGUCAACUACCACUCCUCCGCCGACAAGGCUGAGAAGGUUGCGGAGCAUUGCCGCUCCCUUGGUGUCAAAGCCGUCACCGUCAAGGGCGAUGUCUCCAGUCCUGCAGACAUUGAGCGUCUGUUCGAGACGGCCGCCAAGGAGCUUGGCGGCAUUGACAUUGUGAUGUCGAACAGCGGUAUCGAGCACUUCAACGAUCUCGAGCAGACCAAGCCGGUGGAGAUUGAGAAGGUCUUCAGGACGAACGUCUUCGGCCAGUACUAUGUCGCGCAAGCUGCGCACAAGCAUAUGAACAAAAACGGACGUCUGAUCUUGAUCUCGUCGAUCAGUGCUCAGUGGGGUAUAACGCGUCAUGCCGUAUACUCCGCGUCGAAGGCGGCCAUCCAGGGCAUGGUCAAGUGUCUCGCUCAGGACUUUGGUCCCAAGGGCAUCACGGUAAACGCUGUCGCUCCGGGUGGCAUCAAGUCCGACAUGUGGAUCGAGACUGCUAAAGACUACGUCCCAGGCGGCGAGCUUAUGAGUGACAAGGAUAUUGAUGAGCGCAUCAGCAAGAUGAGCCCCUUUAAUCGUCCGGGAUAUCCAGAGGAUAUUGCAGGGGUGGUGGCACUGCUUGCUUCACCGGAAGCGCAGUGGCUGACUGGCCAGACCCUUCACGCUGGUGGCGGUGCGUUCAUGGCCUAA